AUGAAAUCAACUGCGGAAUCACCACACAAAAAGGAGAACGGCGAAGAGAGCAUGAGCAUGGGUGAACCUUAUAAGCCAGAUGAAGAACUACAGGCGAUGGAAGCUUACCUUAACUCCCAUCCUAAGAGCAGUUUUGUCAACAGGUACCCAAUUCCACUAUAUGCUCAACCAGACCAAUUGUACCUUGAGAAUUGUGUGCUGCCUCUGCUAUUGUGUGGGCUUCGGGAACUUGCUAAGAUACAGCCCCCGGACCCAUUGGGAUUCUUGGGGGCUUACCUGCUCUCCAACAACCCACAGCGUGCGAAUAGUGCUGCCUCUAAUACUGAUUUGCCAUUCUUUCCCGAACGACGUAAUUCUAAAAAAGACGAGAUGGAGGCUAGUGUUUCCAUGCAAGCGAUUUCCUCAUCAGGUAAUUCAGCCGUCCCUCUACGGGGACGGUUAGCACAUACCGCUGCAUCUAAGUUUGCCUCAUCCACGCGGCUGGACGCUUAA